GUGGUUGGUGUUGAUCGUCGCUGGCAGUGUGUCUCGUGUAUUCGUGCCGUUAACUACGUCGUAAAAGUUCUGCGCGUUUAAAAAUAAAACUUGGCAAUUAUAAGCGAAAACAUAUAAAUAAACUUUAGUUAAUGUCGGAAAUUGUAUGUUAAUUAAGAACAAAGUUAGCUAAACAUAUGACGGCCAUCGAUGAAGCACCACCACCAUCGGCCGCAGUCCAGGCAUCGGCACCAAGUCAAAUGGCUGUGGCAACCAAUUCAAAUGCCGAUCCCGAGGAUAUUACACUGGACGCCAUACUGAAGCACAUUGGACAGUUUGGUCGCUUUCAGAUGAUCAUCUUUCUGCUGAUCUGUUUGCCAAUGAUGUUUCAUGCGAUGUUCUCCGUGACAUACGUUUUCACGGCUGCCACUGUGAUGCACAGAUGUAACAUUACAGAGUGCGAUAGUCCCAGUAGUCGAUACGACGAGCCCUGGACGGAAUUUAGCAUUCCCAAGAAUGGCAAGGAGAUGGACAAAUGCAACCGCUAUGAAAACAAUAAGCUCCCAAACUGGGAUCAAUCUCAACAGAUUUGCUUAGCUGACAACUACAAUAAGGACAAUAUCAAUCGAUGCUCCGACAAUGAGUUCGUGUUCCGCGAUAAGGAAGUAACCAUUUCCAAUGACUUUGGAAUUUUCUGCGAAGAUGAAUGGAAAUUAUCACUUGUCGGUACCAUAAACAAUCUGGGACAAUUCUUUGGCAUACCGCUGGGAGGCAUUGUGGCAGAUCGUUAUGGUCGCAGUUUUUCGAUUGCCUUGGCCGGCAUUUUGGGCGGCUUGCUGGGCAUUGUGCGCUCCUAUUCACCCAGCUAUGUUUGGUUCCUGAUCUUUGAGUUCCUCGACAACGUGACCAGCGGCACGCUGUACUCCACCUGUUUUGUCAUUGGCAUUGAGCUCGUGGGUCCGAAGCGACGAGUGCUCGCCUGCAGCGUGAUAACAAUCUUCUAUGCCAUCGGCGAAGUGGCUCUGGCCAUGUUUGCCAAGGCCUUCGAGGACUGGCGCCAUGUGCUGAGGAUUACCUACGGGCCGGCGAUGAUUCUGCUGGCCUAUUUCUGGAUUCUGCCCGAGAGCGUGCGUUGGCUGCUCAGCGUUGGCAAGGAGGAGCGAGCCAAGGCGAUUCUGCGCAGGGCGGCCAGGGUGAAUCAGCGCAGGCUGUCGGAGAGUGUACUGGACAAGCUGGUGAUUGCCAAUCGGAAUAAGCUGGAGCAAUCCGAAGAGGGUAAAUUUCCCAUUCGCGAGGCGUUCACCAACUUCAAAUGGCGCAUCGCCAACUGCUCCUUCUGCUGGAUUGUCCAUGUGCUCGUGUACUAUGGACUCAGUUUGAAUGUGGUGCUGCUGGAUGGCGAUAAGUACAACAAUUUUGCCUAUAUUGCACUCGUCGAGAUUCCGGGCUUCUUUUUGCCUCUGCUGAUCAUGGAUCGGUUUGGCAGACGCUACUCGCUGUGUGGCCUGAUGCUGUUCAGUGGUCUGUGCUGCAUUGGCACCAUUUUUGCGGGGGGCGAUCAGCAGGUGCUGCAACUGGUUCUGUUCCUGGUGGGCAAGCUGACCAUCACGGCCAGUUUCCAAGUGCUCUAUUUCUUUGCAUCCGAAAUCUUUCCCACCAACCUUAGAAACAGCCUGCUUAGCUUCUGUUCCAUGAUGGGCAGAUUUGGUUCAAUGCUGGCGCCGCAGACGCCGUUCUUGGCCAAGUAUUAUCCCAGUGCGCCCGCCAUUCUGUUUGCCUGUGGUGCCAUCCUUAGCGGCUGUCUAACGCUCUACUUCCCCGAGACCACCAAUCUUGUACUGCCAACCACGGUGAAGGAAGCGGACGCCAUUGGGGUCAAGAAGAAACCUCCAAAGGAUCUGGAGCUCAACCUUCCCGCUAAGUAGCAUCUAAAUAAUCAGUAAGCAACAUUAACUCAACAAUUAAAGCACACGACAGUUCAAAGACA